GUAACGUUAUCUAUUGUGACGCUGCACAACACAAAUCGUCCCAGUGCUCAUGCCGUGCGUGUGUAGUGUAGUGUAUGUAUAGAGGUUGGAAUGUGAUGCAUAAGAUCCACUAAGAUACUCAUUGGUGCCUGUCUUCAACGUGUCACCAAGUGCAAGCUGAGCCGGAGUUGUAAUGACACUGACAGUGACAGGUGCUUGACUUGCAAAUAGACAACCGCAGCCUGAACGCUCGGACAUCGGAAUUUGAAGCCUGGUGGUGAUUUGUUUUGGUUUGGGUCAUUUUUACGCACAGCGCAUAUAUUGAGCAUUGGUGCGCAUCCCACUUUCAAGAUGGGCAGCAGUGACGUUCAGUCCGGGGUCAGGUGUGUUUCUCUUAUGCUGGUUGUGCUGGUGGCAGCUACGUCGUCACAGACAUCUGGAGACGCCGGGUGCCCGACUUGUGGCAUGCCCGCCUUGGAGAAGGGCACCGAGGAACAGCUGCUGAUAGAAAUCGCCAAGCUGCAGAUUCUCAGCAAACUUCAUCUAAAGGAGAGACCGAACAUCACCGACCCGGUGCCCAGAGCCUUCCUCAACGCCGCGCUCAGGAAGCUGCACGCCGGCAGGGUGAGGCAGGAUGGCACCGUGGAAUUGAACAGCAACCUGGAAAGACAAAACGCCAGGGAGAAAGACCAGGGAUACGAAAUCAUUAGUUUUGCUGACCCCGAUCAUGGAGACGCAGCCAAAUCCGGACUGACCUUUCAGUUCUCCAAAGAAAGAGGGAUGAACUUUCAUAUCCUCCAGUCCACCCUGUGGCUCUACUUCAAGUCUAGUUCUGAAGCCCCCAAGGAAAGAGUCACAGCCAAGGUCUUCCUGGCCGGCCCACACCAAUCAAACCGGACAUUGCUGAGCCAGAAGCAGUUUGAUCUGAAAUGGGGCAGCUGGCACACUUUCCUCAUCACCCGAGGAGUCCAGAACAUCUUCGACAGGGGCGACAAGCAGGUGAAACUGGUCCUGGAGUGUGAAGGAUGCCAGGACUUGGCCGUCCUGGGCAGCCUUGGCAAUGCCUCCCACCAGCCCUUUCUGGUAACCCAGGUGCGGGUCAGAGAAGAGCAUUCCAUCCAAAAGAGGUCCCUGGAUUGCGACACCAACAUCAACUUGUGCUGCAAGAAGGAUAUCUACGUGAGUUUCCGGGAAAUUGGCUGGCAGGACUGGAUCAUCGCCCCGGAUGGUUAUCAUAUGAACUACUGCAUGGGACUGUGUAGAGAGCACUUUGCAGGGGCCCCGGGCAUCGCCGCCUCCUUCCACGCAGCCGUUUUCAACCAGCUCAAAGCCAAUGGCAUCCACUCUGCCAUCAGCUCCUGCUGCGUGCCCACCCAGCGGCGCCCACUCUCAAUGCUGUAUUUCGACCCCUCCCACAAUAUCAUCAAGACCGACAUUCCCGAUAUGAUCGUGGAGGCUUGCGGUUGUACAUAAGUUCUUCUGUUUUUGACUUUGCAGCCUCUGGAACAUUUGGUGAGGACAGCCAUGGAGGUCUUUGAAGAUCUACUAAAUCAGCCUGGCUGCCGUUUUGUCCAGCCAAACUUAUGAACCGUUGGUCAUACCCAAUUUAGUCCACUGUGUCACCUGGUGUGACAAAAAAAAAAAACAAUUUGCUAAAUCUGUGACCUACUUGCGCUAAAGGAUUCUUGAAGGAGAAAUGGCUUGAUUUAGAUGGCAGAUUUUGUACUGCCCCGAUUCACUGUAAUACAGUUCAAUGACAUGUGCCAAUGCCAAAGCACCAAUUACCUAAAAGCCUUGAAGGGUCUUUGCUGACACUAUACCACCUCCAAGGAAGGCAAUAGAACAAAUUAGCAGUUUUUAAGAAAAUUUGUUAAGGGCUAUAAGGAGAGGAAAUAUAACCAUCAUUCAACCAAAAGGAAGGCUUAUCUGCUCCAAACAAUUACAUUUUAAGCAAAAGCAUGUCCACGAAGUAGAAGAAUAAAUCAAACAUAUUGCAAUUUUAUUUGUAGGUAAAGAAUAAUGUAUUUUUCUUCAUAGAGCACUUUUUCGUUUUCUGUGUACUUUAAAUAACGCCUCAAGCUUUUUUCAUUUUCUUUUUACAAACCUGUUACCACUGAAUGUAUGUGUGAGUUGCUUAAACAGCAAUAUAUUGUAUGACGACCCAUGUUUGAACUUGCCUAGCACAUUGUAUAAAAUAACAUGUACUGUAUAUCAAUAUUAUAUAUUUUUUAAAAUAAAGCAUCAAAGAUAAUA